AGAUGGCGGAAAGCACAAAAAUAAUUAUCAAAGUCUCAUGAAAAAAUGCCUAAAAGAAAAAGGAAAGAAAACCCUGAUUUAAAAGCGACCUGUCUUAAGGAAAUAGAAGAACUAAGUAAGGAGAUAAACUGUCUUGAGAAUGACUUAGAGAUCAAGGAGCGCCAUGUAGCUGAGGUUUUUGCUGAUGAGUCUUUGGCUGGUAUUAUUAAUAGUCUGCGAGUAGGACAUAGGAAUCCAAGGAAAAAAUCUAACGAAGAACAAGAAUUAAAUUUAUUGUUGUCCAAGUUAGAAAAACUGGAAAGCCUUACAGGAAUUAUAUUUGACGAGAACAAAGCAGAAUUAAUAUCCUCCACGGAUGACUAUAUAAAUAACAAUAUAAAGAUUGCAAGAACAGCCAAGAGAUGGAGACGGAUUUUAUCUGGAAAAUGUUUUAGUCUGCCGUUUCUUAUCCAGUUUGAAACAGAAGAAAUACCUGAAGAAGAAGAGCCAGCAAAUGUUAAGAAAGCAGUAGAAGAUCAUGAGGAUAUUACUGUUAGAGUGACAAAGCUUUCAUUUGAAGUAAAUUGUCCCUUGGCAGCCAAAGAAUUGAACAGAUUCAUAGCAACUGCAGAACAGGAAAAAGCCAUUGGAACCACAUUUAUAGCAUUAGAGCAAUAUGCUAAGUGGUAUGACUGUAGAAAAAAGACUUUUGUUCACUUUAAGUCAAAAUACCCUGAUCUGGUAUGCAUCUUCGAUGGGCCAAAUAGAAGUGACACUAUGGAAAUAAGAAAUAGAGUCCAUAUCGGCCUUUAUUUCAUCAUUCAUUGGACUAUAAUUAUACAAAAAGAUGGGAAUGUUCUGCCACAAAUUGAUGCCUUUGUUGCUUGUCCAAGCAAGGUUUGUGGGUCAGAAAUAAUGCCUGUGUUAAAUUCCACUCCAGAGCAAUUCAGGAAAAUGUUAUCUAGGUUUGGAAUUGAGCAAGCAAUAGAAUGUAUUAUAAUGAUUGCCCAACAGUAGGUAUUAAGUUAUAAUUAGAUAAGAGUAAAACUUUUAGAUUUGAAGCAUGGAACUUACACAGCUAAGCCAUUUUAAUUCCAAAUACUAAGUGAAAUUUCUAUUUAAAAUUUAAAUUUCACUUUUUUCUCUUUUUUGAGCCAAAAAAAUUUGAUUUUUU